AAACCGGUACACUGCUGCCCCCUAAUGGACGAAACAAGAAAAGCUGACACACGACGCCUAAAGCACAAUGUUGUUUCCAACCAGCUCGGAUAAUAUAGCUCUGGUACACAGCCGCUGACCACUGCAGGUAUGCACGUUGAAGAAAUACAUUAACCAGAAUCCACCGGGACACACUCUAAGGAACCAUGAAUUACGCUCGCUUUCUGACAGCAGUCAGUGGAGCCAGGAAACCCUCCCCGAUCAGGCUGCUGACUGAGCUGCAGCAGCGGUCGCCUCCAUCCCUCAUCUCUCUGGCCGGUGGCGCGCCAAACCCGAACACCUUCCCCUUCCAAUCGGCGUCCAUCCAGGUCAAAAACGGCCAGACGGUCACCUUUGACGAGACCGCAAUGAAGAGGGCCCUGCAGUACUCCACCUCUAACGGAAUCCCGGAGCUGCUGACAUGGAUGAAGAACCUGCAGAAGGACCUACACAACCCGCCAACCAUCGACUACAGCCAGGAGAACGGGCAGAUGGACAUGUGUGUCACCACAGGAAGCCAGGAGGGACUCUGCAAGAUAUUUGAGAUGCUGGUUAACCCUGGAGACAAUGUUCUCCUGGAUGCACCCACAUAUUCUGGCACGCUUGCAGCGCUCCAGCCUCUUGGCUGCAACAUCAUCAACGUUCCCAGCGAUCAACACGGCAUGAUCCCGGAAGCCCUGCAGGAGGUCCUGUCUCGCUGGGACCCAUCAGAGGUGCACGAGCCCGGCAGCACGGCUCCCAGAAUCCUCUACACCAUCCCAAACGGAGGGAACCCCACCGGCGCCUCUAUGACAGCGGAGAGGAAGAGGGACGUCUACAAGCUGGCCCAGCUCUACGACAUGCUCAUUGUCGAGGACGACCCAUACUACUUCCUUCAGUUUGAAAAGCCGUGGGCUCCCACCUUUCUGUCCAUGGAUGUGGACGGUAGGAUCAUCCGGACCGACUCCUUCUCUAAGAUCCUGUCGUCAGGCCUGAGGAUCGGUUUCGUCACGGGUCCCAAACCGCUGGUCGACCGGAUCGUGCUGCACAUCCAGGCCUCCACCAUGCACACCAGCACCUUCACACAACUCCUGGUGUCUCAGUUGCUGCACAGCUGGGGACAAGAUGGCUUCCUCCAGCACAUAGACAGGGUGAUUGAGUUCUACAGGACGCAGCGCGACGCCAUGAUAAACUCAGCUGACAAGUGGCUCAAAGACGCGGCAGAGUGGCACGCCCCGUCAGCAGGCAUGUUCCUGUGGAUGAAGCUGAGGGGCGUCGCUGACACCCAGCAGCUCAUUAUGGAGAAAGCUUUGGAGAAAGAGGUGCUGCUGGUUCCCGGAGGCGUGUUUAUGAUCAACAGCGGCGACCCGUGUCCCUACGUCAGAGCGGCCUUUUCCCUCUCCACACCAGAGCAGAUUGAUGAGGCUUUCAGAAGACUCUCUUUGCUCAUCAAAGAGGGUUUGUGACCAGAGCGUCCAACUUUCGGGGCUGAUGUUGGAUUUUU